AUUAUUUGAUGAGUAUAUAAGAGACACAAAAUAUCCACAAAUUUAUAUCAAACAAAGGUUUUGUAAUUAAUAUAACUCUUAAGUUAAAAUCUACUAAACUUUUGAUUCUCACCAAAUAUGCGUUCAAUGAUUGCUGUUUUGACUUUACUUUUCGUUGUCUUCACUAUUGGUGAAAUGGCAAAUGUAAAUCAACAUUUCUCAAAGACUGUUCCCAAAGUUACACAAGACUUCAAAGCAGCGUUUGAUAAAGACUUUAAACAGGGCUUAAAUGUGAGCAGUUAUGGCGCAAAUGGUAACGACUGUUGGGUGUGUUCGAGUCCCUGCUCUAUGAUCUACUGUUGUGAUGACGGGUACCCCCAGUGCUGUGUUGUGGGCGGUUAUUGUGCCUGUUGUUCACAUUAAUUUAACUAUAAUUCAUGUCACAUUAUUAUUAAACAAUUAACAAGUAUCUGUAAUGUUAUAUAAUUUGAUAAAUUUAAUAAAAAUAAUUUUUAAUUUUUAUAAAUACAUUAUAUUAAAA